AAGCCUAUAUAAGACGGAGGCUCAGCUCCAGCCAAGACUGCAAGGGAAGAAAUCUCCUUAGAUCAUUGUCUUGCCUCUUCUCCCUGCUUUGGAAAGCAACCUCAAGCUCUGAGAUGGCAUUCGCUGGAAUAAUGACUGAUGCUGAGAUUGCAGCUGGUUUACAAAGCUGCCAAGCUGCCGAUUCCUUCAGCUGCAAGACAUUCUUCGCCAAAUCCGGAUUGCAAUGCAAAUCCAAGGAUCAGCUAACAAAAGUAUUCGGAGUUAUUGAUCAAGACAAGAGUGGAUACAUUGAGGAAGGGGAACUGAGGAAUUUCCUGCAGAAUUUUGAUGGGAAAGCCAGAGCAUUGACUGAUAAGGAGACUUUAGAGUUUCUGAAAGCAGGUGACACCGAUGGAGAUGGCAAAAUUGGCGUGGACGAGUUUUUAGUCCUGGUUACAAAGGGUUAAAGCAAUUCAAGGGAAGACCAAGCCAAUUGUAUUGUACAACAUCCUUUCUUAUUGCAAGUCAACUAUUUAUUUAUACAUUUUAUACAGCGAAACAGCAUUGACAGUGGCCAGCAAGUUGUUUCUUACAAUUUGGGAUCUAUGUUAACUCCCCCAAUGCACUGUUCGACCUUUAUUAUUGUCUAUUGUUGUAAAAUUCAUAAUUAAAAGGGCUCUCUACAUCAAAAGCCGGGCAAAGUCGGAGCCCAAAGGAAAAGAAAUUGGAUAUUUCCUUUUGUCGGUAGGGUCUAUUAAGACGACUCGGUGAGGUGAGCUUUCUAAGAAAUGGCAUCAAGAGUUUGCCAAGCCUUUCUUCCCAUCCAAGUAUAUGACAUGAUUUUGGAAAAACAGUUAAAAUUGAGAAGGUUUAAACUGGUCUUUGCCUUACCUAACCAGGUUCACAAACCCCCUUAUACCAGUCAUACCCAUGGAAUUGUCCGUUCAUCCAUAUAAAGUGACUUCAUCAUUCACA